AUACGACUGGUUGCCGUUUGCCUUGGCCCCGAACAGACUCAGUGGCUUCGCGAACCUAAGACCUACCCACUAGGCGGCCCUACUAGCCCCUAGGUCCUUUGCACUAGCUAACGGAAGACUUCAUGAAGAAGCAACGAAUUGCAACCGUAUAAUCCCAUAGUCCAUACAGUCGUUGAGUUUGAGGAGAAGAUGGCGAUGACGGGUGCCCUCUGCCGCUCCUUGCUGCUUCGCUCUGCGUUGGCGAGCAGAUGCAGCACCAGCAGUAGUACUAGUCCUUCUAGCAGGACACUCAGCUGUGGACGGCAGCCACCAACAGCUACAGCAGCCGCCCCAGCAUCAGUUUGGAAUGGGCGUACGGCUUAUGGGAGACAGAAUCGCCCCUGCCGUCACCAGCUACUCGGAGGCAGUGCUCCAGCGAUGCCCGGCAGCGGAUCAGGAGCAAGCACGAAUAUCGCAACAAGAAGCUACUUCAUCCAGGCAGGCUCGAAAUCCUUCGGCCGCGCGGAUUACGAAUUCCAUGCCAUUCUUUUGCUCAAAACGUUCGACAAGGUCGAUCCCGAAAAGGUGACACUUGACGCGCAUUUCAAGAAGGACCUAGGGCUGGACAGCCUGGACCAUGUGGAGGUCAUUAUGGUGUUUGAAGAUCACUUCCAUAUGAGCAUCGAGGACCACGAGGCUGAGCAUAUGUUCACGCUGCGACAGCUGGUCGACUACAUGAUGAUAUUUGAUGAAGUGGACAAGCCGCAGUACAUCUACCCGCAUCACAAGGCGGCAGACACUCCAGAGAUCUGAACAACUUCUUCGGCCAUGUGUUGCCCAAACUCUUGUAUACUCGUCAAAGUAAACAUAUUGAGCUCUGGUCAUUCUCUGCUCUCCAAGCGAGCAAUUGGUCUGAUAGAGGCAGGCAGCCAAAGUUCAGUUGCCCGAGCAGAUACAUCAUUCUCUACACUAUAAUAUGAACAGGCUCAUUACGCCUCAUUUCACUCGGAACCGCAGUCCUGACCAGGCUUUUCCUGUAGACGCUUCUGUCAAACCGCUCAGCUUGGCAUCAAUACGUUGCUUAGCUGGGCAAUUGCUACGUUGUGUGCAUGGUGAUUGCCCAUACAUUAUUCUUUCCUCUCCUCUUUUCGUUUAGCACCGCUAGUAGUAUGUUUAGGGUUGUAUGUGGGAUAAUUUUGUUCUUCUUCAAGACUUUCACGCAAUGACCAGUCACUGGUCUAGGCAAGCGUCAGACCUGUCGCCUUGUUAUCUCAAUAAUUUAUGGCUGCUUUUUUUAUCCAUUGAA